GCAAAUCCCGGCCAUGAGUCAGCACAGGGGAGGCCAAUCCCCUUCCAGGGGAGCCUGAUUAAGGAUCAGGCUCUGCAGUUGGGCUGGGCUGGGCUGGGCUGGGCUGCUGCUUCUCCCAAGACCAAGUCUUAAUAGCAACUUCCCUCCUCGGCUGCCUAAGCAUUCUUUUCUGUGACUGGAAAGAAGUGUCACCUUUUGCUCAUUCUCCAGCUUUCCCCCCACCGCUCCAGACACCGUGUGUGGGGAGCAGGGCUGCGUGAGCCACCUCCUCCACCUCCUCGGGUGACUGCUGUGAGGAACUUUCAGCCCCUCUCUUUGUAAAGCUAUGAACUUCCUCGAGAAGCCCAGGAGCCAAGCAGCUGCUUUUUUGCCUCUUUGCUGGCUCCUUUUGAAGAUUCUGCAACCAGGGCACAGCCACCUUUAUAACAACAGAUACGCUGGUGAUAAGGUAAUCAGACUUACUCCCAAAACAGAAGAGGAAGCAUAUGCACUAAAGAAAAUAUACCACCAACUCAAGGUGGACCUGUGGCAGCCCAGCAGUAUUGUCCAUGUGUCAGAGGGGACAGUUACUGAUGUCCACAUUCCCCAAAAUUCUUCCCAGGCCCUGUUAGCCUUCUUCCAGGAAGCCAACAUCAAAUACAAGAUCCUCAUAGAAGAUCUUCAGAAAACACUGGAAAAUGGAAGAAGCCUACAAACUCAGAGAAACAGACGAUCGCUCCCUGAAUAUAAUUAUGAAGUUUAUCACUCCUUAGAAGAAAUUCAGAGUUGGAUGCAUCAUCUCAAUAAAACUCAUUCAAGCCUCAUUCACAUGUUCUCCCUUGGAAGGUCAUAUGAAGGAAGAUCUCUCUUUAUUUUAAAGCUGGGCAGGAGAUCACAAGCCUACAAAAGAGCUGUCUGGAUAGACUGUGGUGUUCAUGCAAGAGAAUGGAUUGGCCCUGCCUUUUGUCAGUGGUUUGUAAGAGAAGCCCUUCUAACAUACAGGACAGACCCAGCCAUGAAAAAAUUGUUGAAUCAUAUGUAUUUCUAUAUUAUGCCUGUGUUUAACGUUGAUGGAUACCAUUUUAGCUGGACACAUGAUCGGUUUUGGAGAAAAACAAGGUCAAGGAAUUCAAAGUUUCACUGCCGUGGAGUUGAUGCUAAUCGUAACUGGAAAGUCAAAUGGUGUGAUGAAGGUGCCUCUAUACACCCAUGUGAUGACACCUAUUGUGGCCCAUUCCCAGAAUCUGAACCAGAAGUCAAGGCUGUAGCUAACUUCCUACGAAAACAUAGAAAGUACAUCAAGGCAUACCUCUCCUUUCAUGCAUAUGCUCAGAUGUUGUUGUAUCCCUAUUCUUAUAAAUAUGCUACGAUCCCCAACUUUAGCUGUGUAGAAUCUGCAGCUUACAAAGCUGUGAAAGCACUUCGGUCGGUACAUGGAAUAAGGUACAGAUACGGACCUGCCUCCAGAACACUGUAUGUAAGCUCUGGUAGCUCAAUGGAUUGGGCUUACAAAAAUGGAAUACCCUAUGCAUUUGCUUUUGAACUACGUGACACUGGGCAUUUUGGAUUUUUACUCCCAGAGAUGCUCAUCAGACCCACCUGCACAGAGACCAUGCUGGCUGUGAAGAAUAUCACGAUGCACCUGCUAAAGAAAUGCCCCUGAAUCAGGUCAGCACCCAGAGAGACAGCUGAUUCUGACCAAAGGUUGCACAGCACCCGGUGGAAGUUGAUUUUAAAGAGAAAGGCAACUACUUAAGAGUAAAUAUAUCUAUGGAGUUUAAAAAGAUCAUUUCACGUACUUUCCAAUGACAGAAAACAGUAAAACUUCAAGCAUAAGCUAUUUGGUUAUAAGAAAAGGCAUGUAUUAUAUAUCCUUUUAGAAUUCUUAGUUAAUUAUGGGGGAAGGAAUGCUUUCAGAUUUCUUUGUCUCAAGAAAAGUAGAUUAGUUGAGGAUUUCCAUUCAGUAAACUUCACGCCCUCAAAUAAAAUCUAAGCUACUAGUAAUGUUUAAUUACUUGGUUCUCACUGUAAAUGGAAAUUUUUGAAAUGAAAAGCACCAGCUAUAUUUUCUAACAUAAUAAACAUGCAAUUUUUCAA